AAGAGAAACGGGGGGCGAAGGGCUCGGGCUUACGGCUGUGAACCGUGCACACGGCGCCUAAAAACAGGGACACUGCCUACCCCCCUCUGCCUUUUUCCUCUUUCCGUCCCGGGCCACCGGGUCCCCUGCCGUGAGGGUUUACGAGCAAUGAGUAUCGACACUCUUUUGGAGGCGGCCAGAUACCUGGAAUGGCAAGCCCAGGAGCAGCAGCAGCAGCACCUCAAACGUGGUGAGGAGAACCACCGCCUGGCGCUCAACAUUCGUGACAGCAAAUUACUGGGUCAACAGCCCCAUCACCCCCCUGCCCCCCCACCCCCCUCUCUCCCACCCGCCCAGCUCCCCUUCGCCGUUAUCCCGAUGGUUCCAGUCGUCACGGCGACCCCCUCCGUCCCGCCCCUCCCGCUCGCAACGCCGAUCGCUGCCGCGGCGACACUGCUCAGCAGCCCCCAGCCGCUCAAAAAAGAGGGCGCCUCCUCGCCCCCGCUGCAGCCGCCGGCGCCCCAGCACCUGCUGUGCGCCUCCCAGAUCAAAGUGGAACCCGCUCAGCAGGUCAUCGAUGUCAAGUCCGGCCUAUCGCAGCCUCAACUCAAGAUCCAGUACCCCGCCUCCAUCAACACUAACGGCUCCCAUCACGCCCUGCUGGCCCGCCAAGCUCCACCCACGCCUCAGCCAAGGCCCAACGGCGUGACGAUAGAGGACCUGAGGGGGAUGGAGGGGAAGAGGAGGCCUGGAGGCGCGGGGACCCGAGAGGUUCACAACAAACUGGAGAAGAACAGGAGAGCACACCUCAAGGAGUGUUUUGAGACUUUGAAGAAGAACGUUCCUAAUGUUGAUGAGAAGAAAACCUCCAACCUCAGCGUGCUACGCAGUGCAUUGCGUUACAUACAGACUCUGAAGCGUAAGGAGAAGGAGUACGAGCACGAGAUGGAGCGCCUGGCCAGAGAGAAGAUCGCCACGCAGCAGCGGCUGGCCGAGCUGAAGAACGAGCUCAGCCAGUGCAUGGACGUCCUGGAGAUCGACCGCGUGCUCCGCCAGACCAUCCAGCCGGAGGACGACCAGGCGUCCACCUCCACGGCCUCAGAAGGAGAAGACAACUACGAGCAGGACAUGGACGAGGACCUGCCGGCCCCCCCCGCUCCCAACCCGCCGCCCCCCAUCCUGCAGGCCCAGGCGCUGCUGGGCCCUCACCUGUCCAUCCACCACAGCGCGCUGCCUCUCUCCGGAGUCCUGACCGCCUCCUCUCCCGCUGGUCCCCCUCCCCCUCAGGCCAUCGCCCCCGCUCCGGCCCCGGGCCCCCCCGCUCCUCCCCCGCAGCCCCCGCACCCCCUCCAGCCCCCGGCCGUGCAGGUCCAGCCCACCGUCAUCGCCCACGCCGCCGUCUCCCACCCGUCGGUCAUCCAGGCGGUGAACCACGCCCUGCCGGCCAAGCACCUGGCGCACAUCGCCCCCUCGCCCGGCCCCUCGCCGCCGGCCCCCCAGCCCCUCACGGCGGCCCCGGCGGCCCCCCCCGCCGCCGCCACCCACCAGCAGCUGACCGCCCAGCCCAUCGGACACAUCACCGUCCACCCGGUGGCCCACCUGGGCGCUCCGCUGGCGUCCCACCUGCCGGCCCUCUACCCGCAGGGCGUGGCGGUGUCCCAGCCCACCGUGGUGGGCCACAUCACCCACACCUUCACCCACCACACGCUGCCCCACGUCCAGCCCGCCGCGCCGCCCACCGCUAACGGCGCCCCCGCGGCGGCGGUGGUCAACCAGGGCGGCCCGCCGCUCGGGAAGCCCACCGCCGUGCUGGCCCCCCACCCCCAGCUGGUCGGCCAGGCCGCUGUCCUCAACCCCGUCACCAUGGUGACAGUCCCCACCUUCCCAGUCAGCACGCUCAAACUGGCC